UCUAAGCUUCUAGGAUUUGCAGCAAAAAAUGGCUCAGCAUUGCCAUCUAUCCAACCUCUUACCACUUGCAUUUCUCACUUUAUUCAUGUAUGGCCACAUAACUAGUGGUGUAUCAGCACGUCGUCUUCUGGAGACACCCCUUCCUGAAAUUCCUAAACCGGAAUUUCCAGAAGUCCCAGUCUUGCCAAAGUUUGAGAUCCCAACUGUGCCAAAACCAGAUUUUCCAACCAUACCGAAGCCUGAAAUCCCAGCCAUUCCGAAGCCUGAGAUUCCAACUAUACCAAAACCUGAAAUACCAACUGUGCCAAAGCUUGAGAUCCCAGCUGUGCCAAAACCAGAGUUUCCAACCAUACAGAAGCCUGAAAUUCCAGCCAUCCCAAAGCCUGAAAUUCCUACUAUACCAAAACCUGAAGUACCAACUGUACCAAAGCCUGAGAUCCCAGCUGUGCCAAAAUCAAAGCUUCCAACCAUACAGAAGCCUGGAAUUCCAGCCAUCCCAAAGCCUGAAAUUCCUACUAUACCAAAACCUGAAGUACCAACUAAGGUUGUAUUGUGGGUCGGGCCUAGCCCGGGACCGGCCCGGGACCGCGUGCCAAACGGGCCUAAUGGGCCGGUUCAAACGGGCCGGUCUCUAGUGGUGCAAAAGCCCAUAGUGGGUCGGUCCUGACCAAAUAGCCCGUGAGCCCGGGACAGUUUAGCCCGGAACCGGCAGGCGGGCCUAUGCCGGUUCAACCGGGCCAAACGGGCCCCAACAACUAUAUUUUUAAAAAAAAAAUUUAAAAGGGCCAAUGGUCAGAUUUUUAAAAUCUAGCCGUUGGCCUUCAAUUUUCAGCCAUUUGGAACUUUAAAAAAUAGCCAUUUGGCCCCCAAACU